AUGAAGACGACCUGGAGUCUCGAUCAUGAUGUCCCUGCGUCACUCGUCUCCUCCCAAGCCUUCAUUACACCCGAUCUUGUUCAUGAAAUCCCGUCGACCGUCAAGCGCCCAGAUUGGACACCGCACUCGUUGCCGGCCAGCCAGAUUGAUCUCUACAUGGACCUGCCAGAGUCGAACGAUGGAUUCUGGAUCGGAAAAUGCCUUUCGGAGGAGCCCAUGACGGAGAAGCCGUUCAGAAACCCGUCUGAAGAUCCAAUGCUGAGGCGCUUCAAGGCCUCUGACGAGGAGUUCGAAUACCUCGAAUUUCUGGGCAAGGGCGAACAGGGCAUUGUCGUAUCUGCUUCAAUCAAUGGCGUCCGAUACGCCGUCAAAUUUUACUUCCCCUAUACUCGCAAUCCUUGGUCGAGGCUGAAACCCAAAUACGAGCAUGUUCUUCUCGAUCCGUUCGGCGGCGAAAGCCGAGCCUUUGCCCGGUUACAAGAUAUGGGCGAAGACGGCACAUUUGCGGUCAAGUGCUAUGGAUGGAUAAAGUUGACGGGCCCCCAGCUCGACGCCCUCCGCACCCGGUUCAGAAUCUGGGAAGAUCCCACUCCCUGGGCACUGGUCAAAGAACUGGUCGACACCACUGCUUCUGCAGAUCAGCUCCCACUCAUGAUCAAGAAUGUCGACAUUGCAGAACAGUGUGAACUAUAUGUCCCAGAUGUCCACCCUGGCAACUAUGGAGGUGGGAAAUUCUUAGAUCUUGGGGUCGCAAAAGUCAUGCCGUAUCCUCGUCUCUACUGGCCGGCUCUCUGUUAUGAAACUUUAUUUGAGCGAACGCGAAACAGACUGCAGAAGUGGAUUUUCCGUGGAGCCGAGUUCAUUGAGCCUCAGGAGGGUUGA